AUGACUUCGCUGCCACGACUUUCUGUGGACCGUAAAGAGGGCCUCCACAAGCCUCCUGCACGUAUACUGGGCAUCCACAAGCCUCCUGCACGUACACUGGGCCUCAACAAGCCCCCUGCACGUAUACUGGGCAUCCACAAGCCUCCUGCACGUAUACUGGGCCUCCACAAGCCUCCUGCACGUAUACUGGGCAUCCACAAGCCUCCUGCACGUAUACUGGGCCUCUACAAGCCUCCUGCACGUAUACUGGGCAUCCACAAGUCUCCUGCACGUAUACUGGGCCUCAACAAGCCUCCUGCACGUAUAAUGGGCAUCCACAAGCCUCCUGCACGUAUACUGGGCCUCAACAAGCCUCCUGCACGUAUACUGGGCAUCCACAAGCCUCCUGAACGUAUACUGGGCCUCUACAAGCCCCCUGCACGUAUACUGGGCAUCCACAAGCCUCCUGCACGUAUACUGGGCCUCAACAAGCCUCCUGCACGUAUACUGGGCCUCUACAAGCCUCCUGCACGUAUACUGGGCCUCUACAAGCCCCCUGCACGUAUACUGGGCAUCCACAAGCCUCCUGCACGUAUACUGGGCCUCAACAAGCCUCCUGUCGGUUCCCACAGCAUCCACAAGCCUCCUGCACGUAUACUGGGCCUCUACAAGCCUCCUGCACGUAUACUGGGCAUCCACAAGCCUCCUGCACGUAUACUGGGCCUCUACAAGCCUCCUGCACGUAUACUGGGCAUCCACAAGCCUCCUGCACGUAUACUAGGCCUCAACAAGCCUCCUGCACGUAUACUGGGCAUCCACAAGCCUCCUGCACGUAUACUGGGCCUCAACAAGCCCCCUGCACGUAUACUGGGCAUCCACAAGCCUCUUGCACGUAUACUGGGCAUCCACAAGCCUCCUGCACGUAUACUGGGCAUCCACAAGCCUCUUGCACGUAUACUGGGCAUCCACAAGCCUCUUGCACGUAUACUGGGCAUCCACAAGCCUCCUGCACGUAUACUGGGCAUCCACAAGCCUCCUGCACGUAUUCUGGGCAUCCACAAGCCUCCUGCACGUAUACUGGGCAUCCACAAGCUUCCUGCACGUAUACUGGGCAUCCACAAGCCUCCUGCACGUAUACUGGGCAUCCACAAGCCUCCUGCACGUAUACUGGGCAUCUACAAGCCUUCUGCAUGUAUGCUGGGCAUCCACAAGCCUUCUGCAAAUAUAAUGCGAAUCCAUAAGCCUUCCGCAAUCAUAGUGCUACUCACAAACUUUCCGGAGCCACAUGCCAGUCAGCCGUAG